AUGCAUACCGACAACUCUACUAUCUCUCCUACUACUGAUAAUAAUUCGCCUGCGGACGAGAGGAACCAUAGCCCCCCUGCAUUCCUCGACCUCGCAGACUCGCGAAUGGGCAAUAAUGUGACUGAAGUGUCCGUUCAGGUCAAGCUCAAGCAUGAGCGUCAGCGGCAACUCCAACGGCAAAUGUUUGAAGAACAAAUGCGUGCCUUGGAGCAGCAACAGGCCCAAGAGUUGCUUAAUAUCCCAUUCGACUCACCGGUCCAACACCUGGCGGUGUCUGCUCCGACCACGCCCCCUCGAGUGAACGCAGCUCUCAACGGCGAAGCCCAUCCCGCCCCGCAACGUCGGUCCCAAAAUUUCGAUGCCGAGACUCUCUCCAAAGCUGUCGGAACUGCAGUUUCGGACAAACGCAAGUCCGUCACGUAUGCCCCGACGGUGAACUUGUCACCCGACCUCAGUACCACCAAUGGCAACAGCUUUUCGCGCACUGCCGGUGCCAAGAGCAUGCCAGCCAGCCGUCGUACCUCUGCAAGCGAACACGAUGAAGAUUUGGCUGGCCAUUUGCAGGGCUUGUCCAUGGCUGGCGAACGGACCUCGCCUAUUCCAUUGACAGCGUCAAUCUUGACGCGUGCUGCUUCACGUUAUGGAGAUGACGAAGGCGCUCGUUAUGCUAGCACCUAUAACGCUGGUAUGAUGCUCGACGAGCAGCUAGAUCAGGAAAUGCAUAAUGCCAUGAGGAACCUUCCGACCUCUGAUGAUGACAAGUACACUUCAUUUGCGGGCAAGCAAAUUUCGACCUCCUCCGCUGCUCUUGAUUUGGCUCACAUCUCGCAAACGUCGCCCCGUACUUCGUUUGCUUCACGAACACUCGAAACCCGCGACAAGUCUUCCGAGUGGCCUCAAUUCCCUGGCCCUGCACGACCUGUACCUGGGGCGGAUCGCCGAACCGUUACCAAUCCCAACCUGACCCUUUCCGCUGAUGCGAACAAACUGAACACUGUGUCGGCUUCAGCCACUCCUCUUACCCAGAGUCACAGCCAGCUUGGCAACCACACUCAAGUUUCAACUUCUCGUCGUGGAUCACCUCCGAGCCUUUUGGAAAGUUUAAACGCCACUACUCGUUCUGUUCCGGCAACUCCACUUGGCCUUCCGACUAGCGCUGUUCAUAUUCUCAAGUCUCCCGGGACACCCGAGACUCAAGCUUUGACUAGUCGUCUCAGUUCGGUCGGUGAAAAUGCUGUCAACGCCAACGAUCUCACGGCGUCUCUUUCUCGGCUUCCAUCGGGCCAGUACGACAAUGGAUCAUACGGUUUAGAUGAGUACGGCAAUGGUAUGGAUUCGGUCUACGGACUAAACGGACUCGAUGGUAACUCUUACGGUGGAUAUGGCUUCGACAACGGCCGCUCUGCCAACUCGAAUACCACCAGUGGUUCGACGGCGCUUUACCACCACAACGGUUCGCGGUACGGGCUCGGAAUUCCUUCGAGGAAUGGAUCCGCGGUCGAUGGCAAGAUGAACGGAUUACAUGGUCCUAAACACAAGCGUGGCGACAUGGACCGCGAGUUCAAUAGAUUCGCAGGCACAAGGCUUGAAGACCUCCAAGGCGAAAUUCCAGCUCUCUGCAAAGACCAGCAUGGGUGUCGCUACUUGCAGAAAAAGCUGGAGGAGGGUUCUGCAGAGCAUAGGGACAUGAUCUUCCGCGAAACCUUUGGGCAUUUCGCUGAUCUCAUGACUGAUCCAUUCGGCAACUACCUUUGCCAGAAGUUGCUCGAGUACUCAACGGAUGAGCAGCGAGGCGUCAUUUGUGACAGCGUCGCACAGGACCUCGUCAAUAUCUCUUUGAACAUGCAUGGUACUCGUGCUGUUCAGAAGAUGAUUGAUUUCUUGUCCUCGCGUCGACAGGCGAGUCUUGACUUUCGCUGCCUCUCUGCCGACGCACGAUAUAACGCGCAGAUCCACUCCAUCAUUGUUGCGUUAAGCCUCCAUGUGGUGGUUCUUAUCAAGGACCUGAACGGGAAUCAUGUUAUCCAAAAAUGCCUAAACAAGCUUACGCCCGAAGACAACCAGUUCAUUUACAAUGCUGUCGCGGCGAACUGUGUCGAAGUGGCGACUCACCGCCACGGUUGUUGCGUUCUCCAACGUUGCAUUGACCAUGCUUCGGACCACCAGCGCAUUCAACUGGUCAAUGAGAUCACCUACAACGCCUUGACGCUUGUCCAGGACCCUUAUGGCAACUAUGUGGUUCAGUACAUAUUAGAUUUGAACGACAACCGUUUCAGUGAUGCCGUCAUCCGCCAAUUCGCAGGCAAUGUCUGCGCCCUGUCAGUACAGAAGUUCAGCUCCAAUGUCAUUGAAAAGUGUGUUCGUGUUGCGGAACACAGCACGCGCAAGCUUUUGAUUGAAGAGUUGCUCAAUCGUACCCGACUGGAGAAACUUCUCCGCGACUCCUAUGGAAACUAUUGUGUGCAGACCGCUCUGGAUUAUGCCGAGCCCACUCAGAGGGCUUUGCUCGUUGAAGGCAUUCGACCAGUCCUUCCAUUGAUUCGCAACACGCCCUAUGGCAAGCGCAUCCAGAACAAACUGCAACGGGAGCAAAUGGAGCAUUACAACAAUGGCGGCUACCAGCAACACCCGCAGACGCUUGCCCUUCCUCUUAGCCAAGGCAUGCCUCAACGCCACAUGUCUUCGCCUCUCCACGCCAACGGUCUCGGGGACAUGUAUGGUCAAGGCGGACUGUACCCUCAGUCCUCUUUUGGCCAGUCGCAUCUUGGCCACCACGGGUUGCAACAGUCGAUUGAUGGCUACGUUCUUCAAGGCAACUCGAGCCAUCUUGGCCUGGCCAGCUCGCACCAUGGUGGUGGGCUUUCUGGCGCGCCGUUUGGAGGGAUUAGCCCCUUUGGCGCUGCCGCAUUGACGAGCUCCAUGUCCGACCCAUACCAAAGGUCGUUCGGAUAUGGAAUGUAA